UUAAACAAACAUUACCCCGACAUCACAUUUUCAGGGAUGGAUGGCAUGAACUUCACAACUGUCAUCGAUUCUGGCUUCCUGGAGGAGGCUCCAACCAGCCGCGUCCUAACAGGCUGCUUCCUCUCACUGCUCAUCCUCACAACUCUGCUGGGAAACACACUCGUUUGCGCCGCCGUCACCAAGUUCAGACACCUCCGCUCCAAGGUGACCAACUUCUUUGUGAUCUCACUGGCCGUGUCGGACCUCCUGGUCGCCAUCUUGGUGAUGCCGUGGAAGGCCGUGACAGAGAUCGUCGGGUUCUGGCCUUUCGGCUCCUUCUGUGACACCUGGGUGGCUUUCGACAUCAUGUGCUCCACGGCGUCCAUUUUGAACCUCUGCGUGAUCAGCUUGGACCGCUACUGGGCCAUCUCCAGCCCGUUUGGCUACGAACGCAAAAUGACGCCCAAAGUGGCCUACGUGAUGAUCGGCGUGACCUGGACGCUGUCUGUGCUCAUUUCCUUCAUUCCUGUGCAGCUCAACUGGCACAAGGCCCAAACUAAACCCUACACCCCUUUUACCGGGUCGUCAGGCUCCCCGGGUUCAAACGGUACAUCUUACAGCGGCGCAGAAAACUGCGACUCGAGCCUGAACAGGACCUACGCCAUCUCCACCUCGCUCAUAAGCUUCUACAUCCCCGUGGUCAUCAUGGUGGCCACCUACACUCAGAUCUACCGCAUCGCCCACCGACAAAUACGGAGGAUCUCGGCGCUGGAGCGAGCGGCCGAAAGCGCCAAGAACCGACACGACAGCAUGGGCGGAGCCUCCAGCAUCGCUGAGUCCGAGAGCUCUUUCAAGAUGACAUUCAAGAGGGAGACCAAGGUGCUGAAGACGCUCUCGGUGAUCAUGGGUGUGUUCGUGUGCUGCUGGCUCCCGUUCUUCAUCCUGAACUGCAUGGUGCCGUUCUGCGAGCAGUCGAGCGGCGGUGACGCUUUCCCCUGCGUCAGCCCCACCACGUUCGACGUGUUCGUGUGGUUCGGCUGGGCUAACUCCUCCCUCAACCCCAUCAUCUAUGCCUUCAAUGCAGAUUUCCGCAAGGCCUUCUCCGUCCUGCUGGGCUGCCACAGACUAUAUCCAGGAGGCCACAACAUAGAGACAGUCAGUCUAAACAAGAAAUGACUCAUGACUCUCUCUCGCAGCACUGACUCAUCCUUAACGCUCCUGUGUGGGCCGCUUUCAUCCACUUCAAAUGAGGACGCCGCGUUUUUGUGUUGACUCUAACUUGGACUGAAGGAUGUGGUGACCCUACAUGUACCUGUGUUUGCAUUAGGGGAGUGGCCUGUCCCCGUACAUGCAAUCAGAGCGAGUUGCCACACUGUCUUUGUAACGGAAGUGUCUUCAAAGAGGAGAAGGGAUUUUUUGGGGAUUGAGAUUAAGACUCAUGUGUUGUUGUGCCAGGGUGCAGGGAGCACAGCGGUGCUGACACGCCCCCUGGGAUAGAUAAUCCCAUGACUGGGCAGCAGCACGACCCUAAUGCUGUCAGACACUGCUCUCUUCAAUACCAUCACACACAAACGCAAAACACAAACACUGUCAAAGCAGGCUCAUCCAAAUGCUGCACCCGGCGUGCACACUCCGAGAGAUAGCAUGACAGCACACAGACAUGCUGUUACUCAUUAGGUGAAUGUUGUGCGGCUCUGCAAGGAUCCAGGGAGAAAAGCAUCAAACCAAAUCAGGUUACCUCAAAAAUAAACAUGUAGGUAAA